AUGUGUGGCUUCCAAGAGAAGAAGAAAAGUCUCUACAGAGGCUUUAAGUUGCUGAGGGUGUUGUAUAUACACGGUGUGAUAAUAGACAAGCAACCGAGAGAAAUAGGUGAACUAAUCCACUUGAGAUACCUCGGGUGUACUCGAACUUCUUUAAAAAGUCUCCCAUCGUCCAUAGGCAGUCUUCCCAAUUUACAAACUCUAUUUGUAGCAUCUUCUUGUUAUAAAGUAAAAGUACCAAGCACAAUCGGGAAGAUGCAACAGUUAAGACAUCUUCAACUAAGUUGGGCAGUCAUGAAAGGGCAACCAAGGCUUGAGCAGAUAAGUAACCUCCAGACUCUAUCAAAUGUGGAGGCUGGCAAAUGGAUGGAGGGCUGCUUGGGAAAGCUCACCAAUCUUAGAAAAUUAGGAAUAGUUUUAGUAACAACAGCUGAUGCUGAGGUAUUCAAAGAUUCUAUUGUCAAAUUGGGCUGCCUCCACUCUCUGUCGGUUUCAGUAAGAGAUGAAAGGUUAAGAAGAAGCGAACAAUUCGAACGCCAAGAGUGGUCGCUACCUCCUUUUUCAAAUCUUCUCAAAUUAAGUAAGUUGUGUUUGAGAGGAAACUUAGAGAGGUUACCCGAGUCUGCUCAAUUCCCAGUAAACCUCACCAAGCUUACCUUGAAAUACUCCCGUUUAAAGCAAGGCCAAUUGGCGACUUUAGAGAAGCUGGAAAAACUCCGCAUUCUCAAAUUGCUGGAACGUUCGUACGUGGGAAAGGAAAUGGUUUGCUCUUCACAAGGGUUUCCUCAGCUUGAAUCCUUAUAUCUUGUACAAUUAUAUGAAUUAGAGGAGUGGAGAGUGGAGAAAGGAGCUAUGCCAAGUCUUUUACAUUUACGGAUAGGAUGGUGCCACGGAUUGAAAAAGCUUCCGGAAGGACUGCAACACGUGACUACCCUCAAGAAAUUGGAGUUGUGGUGGAUGCGCUCUGAAUUGGAGAAAAGGCUUAAAGAAUACAGCGGAGAUGGAGAGGGAGAGGGAGAGGAUUGGCAUAAGAUUCGGCACAUACCCUCCAUCGACAUACGUUCUUUCUAUGGUGAGACUUAAUUUCCCCUCUUCAUUUUUAUUUACCUCAUAAUUAUACCAUUUCUUUUUUGGGAAUUUAUAUAGAAUUUAGAUU